UCAAGAUGUCCUCCACUUGGAUACCACAGUGGUCGUGUUUUAGGCUCCAGGAAAUUAUCCUACCUUUCUGCCUUCUUCAACUUGCAGGAGCGCGGACCUGCACGAGGUACGUGGAAGGAGACUUCGUGGGCUCCAACGGAACGGGACCUCGCCGUUACCACUACCACUGCCCUGGAAUAUACCACCCGGAAGAAUAUACAGAAUGUUGUGGUCCGGAGCAGCCCACAAUGUGCUGCCCUGCAGACAAGUGGUUCUACGAGAUUGAUAACACGGUGGCAACCAUUAUCGCAGUCUCUGUGACAGUGACGUGCUUCGUGCUAACUCUCGUCGUCAUAAUCUGCUGUUUCUGGGCGCGCUGUCCAUUGUACAGCGCAUGCAGAUCGCAAUAUUCCCACGACAUUCCAAACCACAAAUCUGAAGACUUCGUAAUGGAAACAGUCCCAACAGAAUCUCCAGGCAACAAGAAGAGUUUCGCUCCCCUAGCGUCAACGAAUGGAACACCUACGUCAGACGGCGUAGCAGCAGUGUAGAGGCUCCAAGGCGCUGCCAAGACAAGAAAAAGUACAAGCGAAGAACUGCAUUCUGGUUUCGUCCCUGAAAGUCGUGGACGUGGCUGGCUGACAUGCAUACAGAUUUAGUCAAACACCAAAGCCUUCAGACCAAACAUUCUUCACACGAGCUUCCUCCGUGAUAGCAUGCAUGAAACACAAAGCGAGUCCAUCACAGACGUUGUUGAUAUAUUGCUGUUAUCCACUGCCCUGUAAGAAAUAUGUGGCCCACAUCUAACUUUAGGAAAUGUCGACAUAUUCUUCUCGAUAUAGUCGAAUAGAUAAUACACAAAGCCUCUCACAGAGGCUUGGUGCUAGGAAUUAUGGAAAUCUGGGAUGGAUGAUGAGAAAAAAAAAGCAAUAGUAUUCAUAUGCUCACUUAGGUUGAUUAGAAGUGAAGUUCGACAGUGGGAUUUUUUAAUGUUUAUGAACUAAUACGCAAUGCUUCCUGGUGGUAACUGAUAAAAUGGAAAUAUGAUA